AACACUCACUUAAGUUGAGAUAAUGGCCAGUCACGCCAACAGAGGUGGAAAGAGAAACAACAAUGCAUUCAACUCAGCUAACAGGAAACAAAGCUGGAGGACGCCAAAGAGUACAGAGAAGCUCCAGGCAGCAAUAGGUAAACCUGUCCUCAUCUCCACGCGUCAGAACGAGAGGCUCAAGGGCACGCUGAUCUCCACCAAUCAGGAGAUUACGUUGAAGCAGGAUAAUAAGCAGUUCAAAGUACAAUUCAAAGAUCUAUUAGACGUCGAGGAGCUCAAAGACAACUCAUUCAAAGUCGAUACAGACAUUUCAAAAUCUAAGCGCACAAAUGAGCGCGAAUUACAACCUUGGACACCGGACGGUCUAUUUGAUGAUCCUGCUAUCGUCUCAUCCUCACAGGAUGCAUCCAUCAGCUGGGCAGACGAUUACCCAACAAAUGACACUUUCGGCACUUCAGACGGCGCUUGGGAUCAAUUCAAGGCCAACGAACAAAUGUUCGGCUUGCAAUCAAAUUACAAUGAGGAACUUUACACCACAAAGUUGGACAGAUCCGGUGAUAACUACAAGGAACGCGAGAAAAACGCUGAUAAACUCGCAAAAGAGAUUUUGAACCAACAGUCUAACAACCCCCACGUCGCGGAAGAGAGAGGCCAAACUGUUGCACUGUCUGAGGAGGAAAAAUACUCCGGUGUUACGAGAGGUCCAAAUGCUUACGUGCCUCCACAAGCACGUAAAGCAUCGCAAAACGCACCUGUGCAACCAGCUCAGCAACAGCAACCACAACAACAGCCAUCUCAGCAACCAGCAAAACAGUCAGCCCCUCAACCACAGCAAGCUCAGCAACCACAAGCACAGCCUCCGACCGCUCCAAAGUCCCAUGUUCAAAUGCAAUUGCCACACGAGAAAGCGUCUUCAAAGCCUACGGAUCCAUCUUUGAUAGGCGAUUUCAAAGCUUUCGUUUCACAUGAAAAAGAGCGUUUGCAACAAAAGAAACAAGCAUUAGUGAAGCAAGAAAAGUCAUCUACAGUUGCUGAUCUCAUUAAAUUCGGUCAAUCGUUCAAGUUAAAGACUGAUAUGCCAGAAGACAUCGCAUCUAUCGUUGCAAAGAACAAUGAGAAAAAAGCUAGGGAAGCUCAAGAGGCCAAGGAUUCAAAGGCCGAUCCAUCAACCCUCCAAACCAAAGCUGAACCAAGCAAACAAGAGAAAUCACCUUCACUUAAGCAAUAUAUGAACAUACCAAAGAUUCCACCUUUCAACCCUGACCGUGUGAAGGCAGUAAGAGCAGAACGUGAUCGUCACGUUUCACAACCUAUCUCUGCUUCACCAAAGUCCCCACCAAAUGAACAGAAAUCGAUUGCUUCACCUGCGUUAUCACAGGCAAGCACAUCAACCGCAGGUGGUUCAAAGACAUUGAAUCCAAAAGCAUUUUCAUUCAAACCAAAUCCAAAUGCAUUGUCAUUUACUCCAGGUGCUUCAAUGUCACCAAAGCCAGCUUCACAAUCUACUUCCCAAGCUUCACAAAGCACAUCAUCUGGUUCAAGUAACCCAUUCUUUGGUAAUAAAUCAAUCAGGCGGGGAUUGACAGGUUUACAUGUGAAGGAAGACUUCAAUCCAUUUAAGCACUCCACUGUUGUCGAAGCACAUCAAGUAGGUCCGCAUUGGCAAUUUAGUGGGAAAUCCUACAAAUCGAGGUUCCCUACAAAUCCAUACUACGGUGGUAAUGAAUACAACACUCCUGAAGAGGCAAUAGCUGCUCAAAACAUGGUUGUAGCUCAAGCUCAGGCUGCGGCUCAAGCUCAGGCAGCUGUAAUGGGUCAAGGACAGCAAUAUUACUACAGAGUUCCAUUUGGAGGACAGUCACCUAUACCAAAUGGGGGACCAAUGGGUGCACCAUAUAUGGGACCACAAUUCGUUGCGCCACCACCGGGACAGGCUGCAGUCGGAUUUGCACCACAAAUUCAACCAGGUCAAGGACCACCACCUGCUCAAAUGUUCCAAGCAGCGAUGGCAGCGGGUUUACAAGCUCCUAGACAACCAUAUUUGCCACAGUUUUCACCAAAUAUGCAAUCAAGACCACCUAUGACUGGACCACCGCCACCACAUCAUCCCCAUUCGCACCAAUCAACAACUCCAACACCACAACAAUCACAGUCUAGUCAAGCAGGUCCACCAAUGUUUGCAGCAUACCCAUCACCAUCACCUCAAAUGACACCAUUAGUACCUUACCCUGCACCGCCAAUUGCACAUAUACGACCAAUGGGAGUACCACAAGCUGGAUCACCCGGACCAAUAUCGCAAACGCCUUCUUCAUACUCACCUGCACCUUCCGAAGCACAGCAACAACAACAUUAAAAUUGCAUGAAAAGUAGUAUAAAAAGAAUGUAGGCGUUGAGAAUUGUAUUGUUUUAGGGAUGUAAUUAAUUUUAUGCAUAAC